UGAUGACGUAGCGGCAAAACAUGGCGGCUCGCUUCGAAUGAAGAGCUACAUUCAAAGACCACAACAGAAGUGUUUGGCGAAAACAUGAGCAAACUUUGAGCAGAAACUAUCGGCCGCGCUGUUUAAAGCCACGGAGCGUCGUCGCCGCAGUUGAUACAACCAUGUCGAGCAGAGGUUGCGGUGUUAUUGCUGUGUUAGUGAACCACGGUAGACCCUGCUGCGGCCACUGCUGAGUUCACUGACCUGUGGAGGAGUGGUUUCAAACUUGGCCACAGCGAAAUACAAGACACGAAAACAGGAAAGCAGAUGCCUGGCAGUACAACACCCCCCGUGUGUAAAGAAUUGCAGAGCCCUAUGCGCAGAGGCUGCAGCAGAUAUCUGGGCUUGCAUAAUGGGGAUUCUCCAGGUGAUGUGGAACCAACGCAAGACAUUUUCUGGGAUCCCACAUCGCCCACUCCGGCUAAUACUGGGCACAGGAACACCAGAGUUGUGGAAAUAUCAGAUAUUGUCAACCGAAUUGCUCCAAAGGAAGUGAAACGGAAAGGGACUGAAUCUCCUCUGCUGCAGUGGAUAGGUGACAGUGCCGUCCCUUGCACACCGUACGUUCCAAAGCCAAGAGCCAGGAAGAAGUCCUCUCGGCAGAGCAGUGUGGAGGACCUCAUGAAACUAGCCAGGCAGUUUGACAAGAACAUGCAACGAGACAGGGAGACUUCAGAACUGCUUAACGCCGUCAACAACAACCUCAAUGAACGUGGGAACACUUCCAAAACAAAACUGACAGAGACCUCAUUCCCUAGCAAUGUGAAAGACCUUAAGUGUCCGUCCGCAUCGGAUCCGUUAGAGGCAGAGCUGCACGCUCUGUUCGACUGCUCCACUCAGAGAGUUAGCGGCCGGCUAAGUCAGGGCUCCUCAGCAUCCGCCUGUUCACAGGAAAUAAAAGACCAACCUGUGACUUCAACUUCAGCUGAACCCCGACAAUCACAGCUCAAGUCAGCUGACGAGUCUGGCCCGGCUGCACAUCCUGCUGAAGAAAAAGGAUCUUGUGGUUUCAGCGCAAACAACUGUGAUGACUUUGAUGACGACUGGGAAAAUGAUGACCUCCUACUUAAUGACUCUUUUGUGCUGGCGAUGACACAGAAUCUUGACCAUCAACGUGACACAAACCCUAAAACCACCGUGCAGUCUAACUCUAAAGCAAACACUACUCAGUUCACCUCUGGUUGCAAGCCCACUGCAAAUACACAUUCUGCACACCAGCCUUCAAACGUGAACUCCAAGCCAAGCUGCAGUGCACUCCAGGAAUUGUGUCCCAAGCCAAAGACUACCAACCGAAGCACUUUCAAGUUAGGGCCCAACCCUCACUUCCAGCCCAAGGCAGCUGCCAAGGAGGUUUCCAAUUCUAGCUUCACUGUUAUGCAACCUAAACCACACAUGUCUGAGCAAAAAUUUGCAACCACAAAGACACCGUCUACUCCUCAACCUGACAAUAUCUCUAAUGCUCAGAAAGAGACUUGUGUAGCUGCAGACUCUGUUAAAGAUAUUUCAGACAGCUUAUGGGAUGAUGGAGACGAUGACGCGCUGCUCUACCAGGUAUGUGACAGCGUGGAGAGGAUCUCCAACAGUCAACCACAGCAAGUGAGCGGCAGCAGCUGCCAAAAAAAACCAGAUAUCGAUGUAGACAGAGAGCGAAAAACCACCGCGCCUCUUCCAAUCGACACGACCUGGUCCGUGAACACCACUGCCAGUGCUAAUAGACAGUCACCGUGUGCUUUUGUCCGUUCUAACUCAUUACCGGGGACUAGCUGUGAAGCUGUGAACUACCAAGGAUGGAACGUUCCCAUGAAAGGUGCCAGCAACAAAUCCUGGAUGUCUCAGAGCCUCCCAGGAAGCCGCAUGAGUCUGGGCACAUUUAGCCGGUGUAAGGAUUUCUCUGGAACUUUCCAGGCUGGGAAAGCUCCAGUGGAUGUGAAGCCACAUACAGUGACAGCCAGGACACCACAGAACUCCAAGUCCCAUCACACAGCCUUCAAGAGAAAUGUAUCUGACUCGGCAGUUGUAAGCAACAAAGUUUUCGUCACAAGCCAGAUGACAGGGAAGUGCUCUGCAGCCGAGAUUGAGAGGAAGAAACAGGAAGCCUUGGCAAGGAGGCGACUACGAAUGCAGAACGCCUCAAAACCAUAGAGGAGCUCCGACCUGACCGAAGGGAUAUUAUUGUACUGUAAUAAGCCUUUAUAAAACGUAUCAUUCCAUACCAGUGUUUCAGUCACUUCCUUAUCAAGUUGUUUAACAUGAAAUCAUCUUAGAUAUCAUCCUCAAUGGUGUUAGAGAAAGUAUUACAGGGCCAGAUUUUGGAUGAUUUACUUGACUGUACGAAAGGACCUGGUGUCUGUUCAAGUGAACGUCUGUUGCAAGAGCUGCUGGACAUUAUUGCUGCCAAUGUAAAAACAUGUUUAUGAGAAGCGAGUGCACGGUUCGAUGCACGUCUCAGAUCUGGUGCUGAGAUGGCAUUAAAAGAGAUUUCCUGAGCUUUUCACAUUUUGACUUUGAAAAAUAGUUUACAUCCACUGAGUUUGAAAUAACUCCAGAUGCUGACUAACACAUUUUUCUGUUGUUUCCCAGCAUCGUCAUUCCAGCUCUCUGAUUUUGGCUUUUGUUUAACAGUACAUAGUUUCAUCUCAGUGUUACUUCUCUAACUGCAAUGUGACAGACAUUAAAACACAGUGUGUUGUUGAUGUUUUCCAUCAGAAACUGAUGUCUCCAUUUUACAGUGAACACAUGCAGUAACUGCUGUAUUUUCUCUACAGCGUGUGUUUGAUCCAACAGAUUAUGUGCCUGCAACUCCUCUUGAUGCUUAUUAUAAGCAAGUUGUAAUUCAUUUGCUUUAGUUGAAGUAAAUUAAAACAUACUUAGAAUCUAAAACUUUUCUUUGGGGCCAAACUACAAAUUUAAUACAUGUGAAAAUGUCUGUUGUAUACAUGGAAAUACGCAUGUUGUGAUUCAGCAGAUUUUGUUUUCCUCUAUAUGUUGUUUGUGCAUGUUUCAUUUUUCAUCUUUCCAGUUUUGCACAGCUUAGAAUCCGUAAAGGCGGUUUUAUGGCCCUCCUCUGUAGGCACAGUUUAUUGUAAUAGCCAUGCUAUGCACCUUUUUAGAAAUUCUUAAUCCAACAGUAAAACACAACCAUGGAAGAGCAUCUUUUGAUUCCCACGGGAUGAGACUGAAACGAAGAAGACGGUCUCACUAUAAUGUUAAUGUUUUGAUCUGCUGUGUUGUGAGGGGUCAACCUGUGAGACAACCAUCAGAUAGAAAUGUUAGUGACCACUUUGGGUCUACCUUAGUGCCUUAGUAUGUCAUAACAAAUGUAACUCCCCCGUUACUUCACAAUAAGACAUGGACUCUUAAUUUAUAUCUGUGAUGUUUAUGCCUUGUGUGAACACAAGACCUAUCUGAACACAGUUGGCUGCUAUAACACGCUUAAUUGUAGCGCUUUCAUUUAAUUAAAGUUUCAGUUGUCUGACAUA